UAGCAAUGGAGCUUUGGGCAAAUCCUAUAAACUCUCUGAGCUCCUGAAUGCUAAUGUGUAAAGUGAAGAUAAGGGAACAUCGCUCAUAUAUUGUUUGAAAACAUUAAAUUGAAUUUAAAACAAGUGACACAGGCAAGUUGUCCAAUAAAUCCAUCUGUGAUAACAGCAACCACACUUUAUUGGUGCUGGGUGCCCAGGCCUUUCCUCAAUGCCUAACACAUAAUGUGCACUCCAUAAAUAUGUAAUGAAUGAUUGAAGAUUGGCAAGUUAAACCUGGUAAUGGGAAGAUCUAGAAACUAAAAUUGAAUCAGUCAUCUGUAGUUAGUUUUAGUCUUCUGAACCAACAGUUAAUGGAGUAAAAUACCAGAGUAUGCAAGAGGACAGGUAAUCAUUUGAUGGGAGGAGAUUGUGUUAUCUGACAAAAUGGGAACUAACACUGCAGACCCCACCAACCUUGCUCACCUGCCCUUCUCCAACUUAGAACUCAGGAGAAAGGAGAUGAACAUGAAGAUGUACAGCCCACAAGAAAGAAAGGACUGUGUGUACCAAGAGGUCAAUGAUCCCCAGGAUGAUGACUACCUUUAUUGUGAGAAGUGUCAGAACUUCUUCAUCGACAGCUGUGCUGUGCAUGGGCCCCCUACAUUUGUAAGGGACAGUGCAGUGGACAAGGGGCAUCCCUACCGCUCAGCCCUCACCCUGCCCCCUGGGUUGAGAAUUGGGCCCUCGGGCAUCCCUGAGGCUGGGCUUGGAGUGUGGAAUGAGGCAGCUGACUUGCCAGUGGGUCUGCACUUUGGCCCUUAUGAAGGACACAUCACAGAAGAUGGAGAGGCAGCCAAGAGCAGAUACUCCUGGCUGAUCACCAAAGGGAGAAACUGCUAUGAGUAUGUGGAUGGAAAGGACAAAUCCUGGGCCAACUGGAUGAGGUAUGUGAACUAUGCUCGGGAUGAUGAAGAGCAGAACCUGGUGGCCUUUCAAUACCACGGGCAGAUUUUCUACCGAACCUGCCGGGUCAUCAGGCCGGGCUGUGAGCUGCUGGUCUGGUGUGGGGACGAGUAUGGCCAGGAGCUGGGCAGCAAGUGGGGCAGCAAGUGGAAGAGAGAGCUCACGUCUGGGAGAGAAAAUAAACCCCAGUGGGGAAUCGCCUCAGAGAUUACUUCAUCUUCAAGUGAGAGAACAUGGUGGAUUGGCCAGAGAGCAACAGGGGUCAGGCGUGUAAGAAGUGUGGUUGUGGAAAAAUUUUGAAACGGGACUUCUCAG